CGUUUAUUUGGUUUUGUGUUGCUGUGGGUGCCAUCUCUCUCUCUCCAUGCGACAAACAACAGUCCACUCCCCUAAACUUCAGCAUCACCCGCCCAAGGGCGUGGCUUGAAGAAAGGGGUCAAGGAAGGAUGUAAAAGGCUGUGAGGGGGGAGAUUUUUGGCAGAUUUUUGGAGACACACUUCUGAUCAACACCAGCCUUUUUCUCUGAGUAACAACCCAUUCCAACAGUGAGACCAAACAAAGAUGCAGGUCUUGGCAGCAUUGUGCUUCCUUGUCUUGGCACACCUGCCCCCCCUGAGGGGGGAGGUAGUAGAAAGCUUCCAGGACGUCCCGGAGUGCCUGGACUUCUUCUACGAGCGCAUGGUGCCCAAGCUGGACGCGGCCAAUCCUAACGCCACCCGUUUGUGUCAGCGCUUCAACAACAGCUACCACUUCGCCACGCUGUACAACACGAACAACCGCAUCGCCGUCUACUCCGCCUACCGCUUUCAGACCGGCGGCGGCGGCGGUCGCGGUCACGAGAAGUGCUGGUAUAUAGAGCCACAGCUUGUGAACACGAGCUUGAAUGCAGAGAUGGAGAAAGAACAGCACUUCAGAAAGGAACACAAGGAGCCGUACAUCGGUGAGAGGCAGGCUCUCAAUGAGGACUACACAAUGCUUGACUAUGACCGUGGGCACCUCAAUCCAAAUGGACACCACACAGGGGACAGUCGUAAUGCCACGUUUACACUCACCAACGUGGUGCCACAGCACCCCGAUCUGAACCAGAAAGCCUGGGGUACGUACGAGCGUCAGCUGACUGACCUCUUCAAAGACCAGUGCAAGAAGGCCUACGUGCUGGUGGGCGCCAUCCCUUCCACUAACAACCGGAUCAACAAUCGGGUCAACAUCCCCGACCGCAUCUGGAACGCCUACUGCUGCCUGGGCAACAACGGCCAGCCCCUCCAUAGCGGGGGGGCCAUAGCUAACAACACUAAAAACAGCCGUGUCAAGAGGCACACUCUCUCAAAGCUUAAACUGCUCCUGGGUCAGUACACCAACUCACCAGUGGGGGAGCUCUUUCUCAACAACUGUGAAGCUUAGAGAGGUAUGGUAUGUUAGAGAAGUGUAGUCAGACACACCCCACAGGGCAUAUUUCCCUCUUUAUAUGUUUCUGUGUCAAUUAACAUACGAGAGUCAUUUACUUCCCUGUAAUUCCCAUUGCCCAUAAGCUUAUUAUCUAAUACAUGCACCAAAACUCACCUAUUUGCACUUUAGGCAUUUGGCUGAUGUUUUUAGGGGAAAAAGGCAACACUGCAAUCUCACAAGUUCUCCCCAUUCAGCUCUUAAAUAAUCAACAUUGUUUAAUUUUGAUGUGGUUACAGCUACUGUAAUAAUGGAAGUAAAGACAAACUUCCAUGGGUCAAUAACACCAUUUAUUAUGUAGCUAACCAUGCCUGCUUCCACACACACACACACACACGCGCGCGCGCACACCUGUCCCUGGCUCUCAUAAAUGUCUGCAUGAUUCUGCCAUUCACAAUAAAGGCUUAAUUCUUCAGUAA